AUGUCCGCUAACGAAUUCUACUCCUCUGGACCACAAGGCACGAGAUCUGACUAUCAAGAAAACGAGCACCAACAAACAGGUGAGCAAGGUGAAAGAGGUUUUAUUUCCACAGUAGUUGGCGGUGCAGCAGGAGCAUAUGGAGGUUCAAAGGUUUCGGGCCACCACUCAACCCUCGGAAAGAUAGCAGGAGGAUUGCUUGGUGCAAUUGCCGCUAACAAAGUGGAAGACAAAUUCGAGGAACACGAGAAGCAUGAGGGUAGACACCAUAACGACUACGACAGAAAGAACGAGUAUGAGAGAAGAAACGAGUACGAGAGAAGAAACGAAUAUGAAGGUGAAGGCUAUGGAGGAAGAAACGAAGGCAGGAAUGAUUAUGGCAGAAGUGAGUUUGGCGCAAACGAAGGAAGAAAUGAUUACGAGAAAAAUGAGUACGGCAGAAACGAAGUUGGUAGAAACGAGUACGGCAGAAAUGAGUACAACAGGAAUGAGUACGAGAGAAAUGAUGCCGGCAGAAACGACUAUGGAAGAAAUGAUUACGGCAGAAACGAAUAUGGCCGUAGUUCCGGAAACGAGUUUGGCAAUGAACGGGGUGGUUAUGGUGAAAGACAAAAUAACCAGGAAUAUGUUAACCAAGAAUAUGGAAACCAGGGUUACGGCAAUCAAAACUAUGGAAACCAAGGAUAUGGCAACCAAUACGGUAACCAAGAGUACGGUAACAGAUAUUGA